GCUUUUUUUUAACAUAUGGAUGAUCUAUUUCAGAUGGAUAAAAACCUGGACUCAACAGAACUUGAUUGGACUCUCCAUCCAAAGCAACAUCGAAGAAUAAUUGUACACAUUGACAUAGAUUGCUUUUAUGCACAAGUGGAAAUGGUGCGUAACCCUGAGCUUCGAAACAAACCCAUGGGAGUCAAGCAAAAGUAUCUCAUGGUCACCAGCAAUUACACUGCUCGAGCACUUGGUGUUAAAAAGCAAAUGUAUGUGACAGAAGCAUUGAAAGUCUUACCAGACCUGAUACUUAUUGAUGGUUCAGACCUCACACCUUACAGGCAGUAUUCAAAUGAAAUAUCGUCUAUUGCUCAAACAUUCACUCCGCAUGUAGAACGAAUGGGUUUAGAUGAAAACUUCAUAGAUAUAACUGAUAAAGUUAGAGAAUCAUGUGAAUCAUGUAACAGUGAAAUAGUAGGACAUUUUUAUGGUGAUAGAGAAAUAAGUAAUGUGAUGCAAAGUGAUCCAUGUGGUUGUGGGUGUUACAAACGUCUCAUUGUUGGUACUCAAAUUGCAAGUGACUUGCGGAAGGAGAUUUUUGAGAAGACAGGUAUUACUUGUUGUGCUGGCAUUGCUCACAACAAAGUUCUAGCUAAAAUGGUAUCAGGUUAUCAUAAACCAAAUCAGCAGACUGUUAUAUUUCCUUGGCAAGUUUGUGAACUGAUGAGUUCAUUAGAUCAUGUAAAAAGUAUACCAGGUAUUGGAAGUGUUACAUGUAAAACUUUAGAAGAACUGAAUAUUUCCUCUGUCCAAGGUUUACAAAGGGUGGAUGAGAAAAUCUUGAGGACCAGAUUUGAUGAGGAGACAUGUAAAAAAUUGAGGAACUUGAGUUUUGGAAUAGAUGAAGGAAUUGUGCGUGGAAGUGUUCGUCCUCAAAGUUUAGGUAUAGAAGAUGCAUUUACUGUAACAAAAGUUACUUCAUAUGAAAUAAUAAAGUCAAAAUAUAAAGCACUUUUGGAACGACUUCUUAAACUGUUAGCUGAUGAUGGCAGAAUUCCAUUAUCUUUAAAAGUAGUUGUACGUAAAUCAGAUGGCAUAAUAAAGUUUGGACCUCGAGAGUCAAAGCAAAUUCAACUUUCUGGCUCAUUUUUUUCAAAAGGAGUAAGUAUAAUAAGUGAAAAUACAAAAUCUUCAUUAUAUAAUUUGAUUAUUAGUACCUUUCUUAAGAUGGUAGAUACAAAUAAGCCUUUUUGCCUUACCCUUGUUGGGCUAGGAUUUACAAAGUUGAUAGAACAGCCAUCUGAAAAUAAAUCCAUAACACAGUUUUUUAAGAAAAGACCCCAUGACCAUACAGAAGAAAACAAGAUUGAAAGUGAGGAACAAAAGCAGGUUAAACUCCCCAAGAAUGAUGUUCCUCCUCCUGUGGAAGGAAGUAAAUUACAAAUACCAAAUGUAGGGAAAAGUAUGAAUAAUGACAAUCGUCAUACUGAUGGAGAAUUUACUGAGGUGGUCAAUGGUGGCAGUAUGAAUGUAGCAGCCAAAAGCCACUUACAAGAGCAAGAAAAGACUUUGGGUGUCAAUAAUAGCAGUUUAUUGAGUCAAAGCUUAGGCAGAGAUUGCAACAGUGCAAAUUCAUCAUCAGAUAGAUUAAAUAACUUAGGAUCCAUUCACAGUCUUCCUAAUGAUAUUGACCCUGACGUCUUCAUUUCUUUACCAAAGGACAUUCAAGAAGAGGUUCUAGUUAAUCAUAAGGCAACAAAUAAUGGGGAUGUAAAAAGUGAAACUACUGUUACAGAAUAUCAUAUGGCCAUUCCCCAUAACAAGAAGAGUAAUAAUCGGUCAUCAUUUGAGAAUUAUUUCAUGCAAGGAGUUAAACAGCAUUCUAGUGAUGCUUUACUUGACAACAAGCAUAAGAAUCCAAGGGAAGAAAAAAAAGAUGUUACUAAAAGCAGUCCUUGUAGUUCUAGAGCUAGUUACCUAGGAAAUAAAAGGAACCCUGAAAAUAAACCCUCCCCAUUAUCUUUUAAAAAGUCUACUAAAGAUGUGAAAUGUAAUGAUGCUGACCGUGAAUUACUGGACUCUAUAGAUUAUGAUGUAUUUAAUGCUUUACCAGAAGAGUUACAAAAGGAAAUUUUAGAUGAAAAAAGAAGCCAAAGAAAUCAUUCAGGUUUGGAAAGAGCUGUUGAUUUACAAUCUCCAACCCCAAGAAAUGUUCAGUCCUCGCCUAUUUUGAAAUACUUAAAAAAAAUAUAGGUGAGAAAUUGACACAAUUAUGUACUAGUGAUAUUUUUCAUUAAUUUUUACCCAUUAUUUGUGAAGUGGUUUUUUUCUGUAGAUAUGAAGCUUUCCAUGUUUUUAAAUUUUGAGAUUUAGUCAUCAUGAGGAGGUGAACAUUAUGGUUUAUUGUCAUCAGAAAAUUUCCACUGUUAAUCAGAUACAUUUUCUUAGCCCUCUGAUUUUUAUUUGUAAUAUCUUAACAUUGGUUUGUUGAAAUAAAAUCAAAUUUAACUGCCUACUUA